CGGGAUCUGGGUUCGAGUUACGACCGCAAAGCAUCUAUGGAUUGUUUGGAGGGACAGCCAGAGUCCAAACAAUAUGGCUGACAGUGUAAAUGUAGAUACUAAAAUAGUAAAACUAACAGAAAGUGACAUUCCUGGAGCGAAACUUCCAUGGGAUUCUGUUGAGAAAUGUAGUUGUGUUCAACUAAAGAGGUGGCUGCUUUGUAGAGGCGCAAAAACAACAGGAGUAAAGAAAGUUUUAGUCUCAAGAGUACAGGAUUACAUGAAACAUAGUCUUGACGUUAAAUACUUGCGUGAUCCAGACGGUGGUGUAAACCUGCUACGAAAGAAGGCAAAACUUGGCGUCCUUGACCACCAAGAACCAGAGAUCACGGAGACUUUCCCUAAAGAAGGAUUCGAAGCCGAUCUAAAGGGACUUCCAAAAAUAUCAUUUGGAACYGUGUGGAGAUUCAUGAUAGAGGGAGUAGAGUGCAAAAAGCAGCUCUCCACUGCAAAACCACUUGUAAAGGGCUUCAAUUUCUUCAAAUCUGGACAUGUCCUUUACAUUGGCCACUUACAUGAAAACGGCAAACACUUUAUCAAGAGUCAAGUUCUGCCAUCAAUGAAAAAAGACAAAGUCUACACAUGUUUUUUAGUUAUUAGCUCAUUUGGCAAGAUGCUGAGGGCACACUGCAGAUGCCCUGCUGGCAUAGAUGGCCGAUGCAACCAUGUUGCAUCAACACUGUUUGCACUGGAACAACAUYGUAAAGAAAGACAGAAGAUAACAGUAGUAGACACAGAUGAUUCUUGUACGUCUAAACCCUGUAAGUGGAAUGUCCCUCGAAAGAGAAAAGGCCCUGUACAGCCAAUAGCUAAAAUGAGUUUCGUGAAGCAUGAUUAUGCAAAAGAAAAAAAGAUACCCAAGCYUCAUCACUCCAAGGAAAAUUCAACCACAGAAAGUUGUCAAGAUGAAAAAACUGCAAAAAUGUUAGAAAUGAUGAAAGAGUAUCAAAAGCUAUCAGGGAAUAUUCUUGCCUGGACGCAUAUUCUGCCGCAAGAAGUAAAGAAGCCUGCCAUUUCACCAGUAAAAUGUCAUCCUGUUUCAGCUAGAGAGUKGAAAGAAAAAUUUGAUAAAGUUAAGAGAAAUCUUAUGGUUGAUGAUUUGAAAGUGAAAGAAAUUGAGAAACAAACUAGAGGUCAAUCGAACAUUGAUUUGUGGCAUCAUCACAGACAACCAAGGAUAACUGCUACGAAAUGUUACCGAGUAGCUGUACAGAGAGAGAGCACAUCUCCUACCAAGAUUAUCAGAGAUGUACUUGGUUACAAUAAAGGAUUCCAAAGUAAAUCAAUGGAGGAAGGAUUAAAGAUGGAAGACCAGAUUAUCRAUGAUUACAAGCUUUUCRAGCAAACUCAAGGAGCUGAAGGCAUCAAAAUCUCUAAGUGUGGUUUUUUUGUUUCAAAAGAUCAUUGCUUCCUUGGUGCAAGCCCUGAUGGUCUUGUAUAUGAUCCAUCAACUGAUGAUUCAGAAGGACUUAUAGAAGUAAAGUAUGUUCAGACAUCAAAAGAUGAAACACUAGAGAUGGCAUUAGUGCGCAAAGGCAUUUGUAAACAAAACAAUGACAUUGUAAGAUUAAAUGAGAGACAUAAAUAUUUUUACCAAGUACAACAGCAGAUGUUUGUGGCAAAGAGAAAAUGGACAGACUUUGUUGUAAAGGGUUCAAGCUGUAGUUCACUGUUUUGUGAAAGAGUGAAUUUCUCAAGGGAUCGCUGGGAAUCUAUUUUGCCCAGGCUAGAAUCAUUUUUUAACAACUGGAUUGUGCCAGAACUUGUAUACCCAAGAGUUAAAUUUGGAAUUUCUAAGUUGGAUGCUCGUUCACUUUAA